CUCCUAUAAAUAAAAGAGAGUAGAACGAAACCAAGUUACCUUUGGUUCACAUGCAUUCCACUUUCCAACAGACAGAAAAUCUAAAUAUUUUUCCUCCUUCCACAAGUAAGGCACAAUCCGACCUUAUACAUAUGUGGUACUCAAACUCAAACAUCAAGUUUCAAAAACUAUGACAAUCUUCUUCUAAACUCAUUCUCUUUUUCACUAAUACCCUAUCCUUUUAUUCUUCUUCUUCCUAAUCCAAAUUAAUCAAAAUUAAUAACUGAAAAUGCGGAGCGGUGGUUGUAGUAUACAACAAUCAUUAACAGCGGAGGCAGCGACGAUCGUUAAACAAGCGAUAAAUCUUGCUAGGAGGAGAGGGCAUGCACAAGUUACCCCUAUACAUAUUGCUAGCGUUAUGUUAGCUUCACCCGGCGGACUCCUUAGAGCGGCUUGCUUAAAAUCACACUCACACCCUUUACAAUGUAAGGCCUUGGAGCUUUGUUUCAAUGUGGCUUUAAACCGCCUUCCUACUACCACUCCUACCCCAAUCCUUUCACCACACUCUCACUAUCCAUCUCUUGCUAACGCCUUAAUGGCUGCCUUCAAGAGAGCUCAAGCCCACCAACGUCGAGGCUCUGUUGAGAGUCAACAACAACCUAUCUUAGCCCUUAAAAUUGAGACUGAACAACUUGUUAUUUCUAUCCUAGAUGACCCUAGUGUUAGUAGGGUCAUGAGGGAAGCCGGCUUUUCUAGCCCUCAUGUUAAGUCUAACGUUGAUCAAACUCUUUCCUCCUUUGAACCUAAUUCCUCUCAAACUACUACUAAUACCACUACAAUGUCAAACAACAUUAAAUCCGAGAUUAUUACCCCUAUGGUCUUUCGUUCUACCGUCAAUCACCAAACACUCUUGGUACCACCUUUGAACCAACUCGAGGUUGCAUUCUCUACUCCCUUUAGCCUUCCUAGAACCGAGGAUGUGUCUAGUGUGAUCGAUUCAUGGGCAAAGAAGAGAGAAAAGACUAGUCUUGUCCUUGUAGGAGAGUGUUUAACUAGUAUUGAAGGUCUUGUAAGAGGGGUUAAAGAGAGAGUUGAGAGAGGUGAUCAAGUCCCCUUAGAGUUUAGAUAUGUACAAUUCCUAAAUUGUCCUUUGUCCUCCAUGAAGAAUCUUUCAAGAGAUGAGAUAGAUUUCAAACUUGGUGAAAUUAGCUGUCUCUUAAAAGCUUCUGUAGGCAGAGGGGUGGUUUUGUAUUUGGGUCAUCUUAAAUGGCUUGCUGACUAUUGGGCUUACUAUGGUGACCAAAGGAAGCAUUAUUAUUGUCCUGUGGAACACUUAGUAAUGGGAUUACGCCGAUUACUUCUCGCUAAUACGGAAUUAACAGGGAGAUUAUGGCUAAUGGGAAUUGCAACUUUCAACUCUUACAUGAAAUGUAAAUCAGGACUUCCUUCUUUGGAAACUCUUUUGGAUCUUCACCCACUUACAAUUCCUGCUGAAAGUUUAGACCUUAGUCUUAAUCUUGAUAGUUCAAUGCAGGGCCAAAACAAAAGUGAUAUAUCAGGAGAGGGUGUCAGCUGGCCACUACUUGAAAAUAAAAUUGAUAUGCAGCUUACUUGCUGUAUGGACUGUUCGGCCAAUUGUCAUCGAGAAGUGAAGUGCCUAGCUGGCAUUUUUCGAAACAACGACUCGACCACCACAACCACCACCACUACCACAACAUCGACUAGCUCGAGCCUACCGUCGUGGCUCCAAAAGUGUAAGGAAGAAAGCAGAGAAAAUAGUCCUAAUCAUCAGGAAACAGUUCAAAUCAAAGAGCUUUGCAAGAAAUGGAACAUCAUAUGCAGCUCGUCUCACAAAACCUCAAAUGCAGCUGAAAAAACGAUAAAUUUCUCAUCAUGCUCCCCUUCCUCUUCCACUUCAGUAUCUUCCUAUGACCAUAACAAAAACCAUUUACAAGAAAUAAAACCAAUAACUACUUGGCCUAUGUUGUUUGAGCAUAAAUGGGCAUCAAAAGAGCACCACUUGCUAAUGUCCAACAUUGAACGAAAACCCGAACUUCUGUCAAACCCCAACUCUACACCAAACUCAGCAUCGUCAAGUGAAGCAACAGAGGCAUUUGUUGAUAGACCUUGUCCUUCAUUGUCGGUACUUGGAUUUAAAGAGAACACUCCUGAGAAUUUGGAGGCAAUGUGUUGUGCCUUGGAGAAAAAAAUCCCAUGGCAGAAUGAUAUAAUCCCUGAAAUAGCGACUACAGUGUUAAGAAUAAGAUCAGGGAUGAUGAGGAGGAAGAAUAAGAGUGUACCCAAAGAAGAGCAAGAAAAGAAGGAGACUUGGCUCUUGUUUUUGGGGGCUGAUGAAGAAGGCAAGCUAGCAGUAGGAAGGGAGUUAGCCAAGCUGAUAUUUGGGUCCUAUAGCAGCUUCAAAUCCAUAGGUCUGAGCAGUUUUGCAUCAACAAGAGCAGACUCUACUGAUGAUACAAGGAGCAAAAGAGUGAGGGAUGAAUCCGGUGGUGGAUACCUCGACAGGUUUACAGCAGCAGUGAAAGAAAACCCCCAUCGCGUGUUCUUCGUAGAGGAUAUUGAACAGCUUGAUCAGCGCUCACAGAAUGGCAUCAAAUGUGCCAUUGAAACGGGAAAAAUAAAUGACCAAGAAAUUACAGUUUCUAUGGAAGAUGCUAUCGUCAUUUUCAGCUGUGAUAGUUUCAGCUCUGCAUCAAGAGCUUGUUCUCCUACUGUCAAACAAAAGUUAGACGAGCACGAAUCAUCAGAGUUCAACAAGGUUGAUCAAGAAGAGAUAGAGGAGGCCACAUCUUCCUGUGUUCGCCUCGAUUUGAACAUCGCCUUUGAUGAUCAUUAUUCAAAUGAUGAUCACCAUUCUGUUGGAGAUAUUAAGAUUCUAGACUCAGUUGAUAAGCAAGCCUUUUUUAAGUUACAAAUGUUGUAGCUUACUACAUGCUCGACAUUUUCAUGUUUUUCUUAAUUAUUCUUGUUGCUUUGACUCCAAAAAAUAUGGGAAGGUAUACGAAUUAAGAAAUUAGUUAAAUGUAGGGUAAGUUAGUUAUCUUAGUUAAACAUAGUUAAUGUUCAUACUCAUGUGGCCUGUGACACUGUUUCAUGUGUGUUAAUAUAUAGCUUUGUAAAUUAUCUUAUUCA